CCAAAGUAUCUGUUUUUCCGUCAAUUAGUACUGAUAGUACUGGCUUCAUCAGUCAGUCUGGCUGGCUGACUAUCAACUGAUAUCAAACCUCUCUAUAUCAUUCUCCUCUCUAAUCCUUCGAAGGAGGGGGCUUUCAGACCUUCAACUUUCUGGAAACACCGCGUCAUGGCUACGCCUAACAACGACCCCAGAUCACGAACACCGAUAGGUUCAAAUGGACCUCCGCCCCUGAGGAUUCGUCGCCCCAAGGCAGCGGAUCCUCUCGUGCGACCGAAGAGGAAACCGGGAAUGAGACCGCUUGUUCCAACAUCGGCUUUAAAAGGAGCACCGAAACCGCCUUCCAGACCUGUUGUUGCUAAUCCAAUGUCCGUACCACGGCCAGAGAAAAGCGCUCCUACAUCAGCAAAGAGUGAUUUCUCAGUUAACGGAUUCAGUGGUCCGUUAUUGUGUGACACCUACGUUGACUAUCCAAUCGUAACGACAAAGCGAGCGUUGCGGGAAGGUUUAAAGCAUCACAUUGCUAGAUUCACGUCGAAGAAGUCGGUUGAUCCUCGCGAUGAAUCUCAGUUUACUCGCCCUGUCAGGCUCCAGCGCCGAGAUCCACGAACGCGGCCCCAUGAUUCCCAUGCCGAUAGAGGCGGCCAACCCAACUCAAAAACAGGUUCCGAGCAAAGUCCUCAGAUGGAUGAAUUGGAGCGCGACGAACUGGAGGCUAGGAAGGCUGCCAGGGAAAAAGAGCGUGCAGAGAACAUGGCCCAAAUAGCACCAUCUGUUGGAUCGGCCCCAAAGAGACACAAUGCACCCAAGCAAAAGACCCAGCAGGUUUCCAAAACAGACAUGACCCCUGAGGAGAUUGCUAGGACUCGGAUCAAAUAUGAAGAAGCCCUACCAUGGCACUUGGAAGAUUUUGAUAACAAGAAUAUAUGGGUGGGAAACUAUGAAGCUGCACUCUCCGAGACACAUGCAGUAUUCAUUCUUGAGAAUACAGGGAGAAUGAGGAUGAUACCGGUGGAAAAGUGGUACCGGUUUAGCGCGAAAAACCAAUUCAAGGCCUUGACAAUAGAAGAGGCCGAAAGAUUUAUGGCUAAAAAGGUCAAAGAUCCAAGGUGGUUCAUGGAAAAGCAGCAAGAGCUAGCCGAUCAAAGGGAACUGGAACAAUUUGCCAAAAAGCAAAAAGUGUAUGCCGGUAAACAAGGUACUCCAUCAGGAGUUGAAGGGUUGGAAGGGGAUGAUAUGGACUUUGAGGAAGAUCGGUUUGCUGAUGACGAGGAACAUGACGACCUUUUCAAUGAGGAUGAGGAUGCGAAAGCUGCCGAGAAACGAAUCAAGCAAGAUCAGUUGAAAGCAAACGUGUUUGAUUUGAAGAAUGAGAAGGACUACGAAGAGGAGGAAUUAAAAGAGAAGAGAGAGAGAGAAGCACGCCGGGUCCUUGGGAAGAAAGUGCGCAAAGCCCUGCAGAAGAGAGAGAAGAAUUAUGAUUAUAGUAGUGGUUCAGAUGUGAAUCCUUACUCCGAUGAUGAGAGCUCGGAAGACAGCGAGGUUGAGCGGCCCAAGGAGGAUGAGGAGAGUAAAGCUGAAGAAGAGAAGAACAAGAAAGAUCUCUUUUCCAAAGGCAACCUCACACCAUCUGGUCGCCCGAAACACAGCGACCCUUCCAAGAAAGGCCCCAGCGUAGCGCCUCGAAAGCGACUAGGAUCUCCUUCAGAUGCAAGUGGCACAGAUACUUCUCGCAAAAAGGGGAAAGCCAAGAAUGCAUCCUCCCAGCCCAACCUUCAAUCAUCCCGCCCUAAUUCCCCCAGUACAUCGUCUUCAAUGCCGGUUAGCAAAAAACGCGUUCGCAAUAUACCGGUGGGUAGCGCGGCGUCUGUCAGCGACGUUGAUGGUGGCGCAGGGUCCGCGGGGGAGAUGAGUGAAAAUGGAAAAUCUAAGAAGUUGAAGCUUAAUCCUCCUUCGGCGGUCUCCCAAAGUGUGACGCCACAAGGAUCCAGGGCUGGAAGCCCAGCUCCCUUGGCUAACAAGAGCUUCUCGGGAAGUCGUGCCAGCAGUCCGGAGUCUUUCAGAGGCCCAACGCGUAUUUCAACACCGGGUCCAUCUGGUAACACUCAAAGCUUCCCUACACCCGCGGAAAUACAUGCAGCUAUUCCGCAAUCCGGCAUAUUGAGUAGCGAUUUGUUAAGAAUCUUUCGCCCUCGCAUCGGGGAAUCCAAAGAGAAUCACCGAAGAUUCAUAGCAAUCGUAAAAGAUGUUGGGGUUUAUGGCAAAGAAGACCGACUGUUACGGCCUGGUUUAUUAAAAGAAAGCUGAUUUUGCAUGGUCUCUCUGAAUUACUAUGCACUGACUCGUCUCAAGUACUGAAUGGCAAGCUUCAAGUUACCUUACUACCCCUCAGUGGCCUCAAUUUAUAAAAUGUUGCCCAGCCUUCAAUGCUACUUACUGCACCAUGGCAGAGUAUGUCAGAGUUAGAUAUAAUCUUAUAAGGCUCCAACCGCGAUGGCCACAUGUCCUAAUUUUUACCUUAAGCCUUCAUGCUCCGUGGUGCUGUUUUUUGACUCGACCUCCCCUCGAUUGGAC